AUAGAAUGACGUCACAUACAACAAAAUAUGGCAGAUACUGUACAGUAAUUUGCGUUUUUAGAUGUUUUUGAUUUUAUUUCUCGAAGUGACUAUCGUGCCGUAGAAAGGGAAUAUUUGUUGAUACAUCAACGAUGCUAUUGAUGUCUUUAUAUGUUUGAUGAAUCUAGGCAUAUGAAGCCCAAUGAAAUUUUACAUUGAUUAGUUUUCAUUUGUGUGUAAAAGAAUUUUAUUCAAUGCUGCUUGGCUUUUUGUUGUACAGAAAGAAUGGCUGAUAUUUCUUGUUCCAGUAUUCUGGAAACGAGAAACCCAGGGGCUGCACCACAUAUUUUAGCUACUAUACCUCCACCUCCAACAAAAAGUCAUAGAGUUAUUGUUGGGCCUGCAGUUAAGCAAAAUAGUUUAGUUGGAGAAAAUGAAAUAUCACCUAGUCAUCAGCCUGUUUCACAGCCAACAUCCCUCAUUCUGGGUCCUUCAGCGAAAAAUGCUGAUUCACCAAGUUCUUCUCCUGUAGAUGUCGGUGUAUCUCCACGAAAUUCUCUUUCUAUGUCUACAGACAAGAAUUGGUCAUUUUUCCAAAAAGAUGGCAAUCCUGGCUGGACAAAUUUUGAGGAGCAUCAUCAUCUUCUAGGUAAUGAUGAUGAAAACAGUGAACGCCAUUCUAGUGAUGAUGAUUUUGAUAUCUGGUCAAUAACUGAAGAGCAGAGGGAAUAUUAUAUAAAUCAAUUCAAAUCCAUGCAGCCAGAUCUCAAAAAGAAAAUAUCAGGGGCAACUGCCAAAGAAUUUUUUGAAAAAUCAAAAUUGCCACUAGUUGAAUUGUCAAAAAUAUGGCAGUUAUCAGAUGUAGAUAAAGAUGGUGCUCUUAGUAUUGAAGAAUUUUGCACAGCUAUGCAUUUAGUUGUUCUUAGAAGAAAUAAUAUUGAUUUACCUGAUGUUUUACCUCCUUCUUUGGUUCCCAAAAUUCCAAAGACUUCAGAAGCCGAUGUAUAUAUCAUUCCAAACCAAGCACAAAACUUGCCUCAAAGCCAUGCUGUUGGUAGCCCAAAAAAUACUUCUCCAUCAGAGCUUUUAUCACCUCAGAGUAAGGAGUGGACAAAGUUUAAUGAUUCUCCAACUAGUUCCCUGUCAUCUCCUGGAAUGAAACCUGUAAAUUUUGACUUUUCUGCUGCAUCUGUUGAGCAAGAUCCAAAAAUUCUUCAUCCAGUAGCCCUUCGAUUAUCUCCCGAGCGUCAAGCUGCAUAUAGUGAGAAAGAACAAACAACUUGUGAAGAUACUUUAAAAUCAGAUCAGGUUUCCUCUACAGUAACACAGGUGCCUGCUCCUAGAAAAUCCCUUGGUCCUUCACUUAGUAAUGCUUUACCAUCCCAAACUUCAGAAUCUAGUAUCGAUGUAAUUAGUGGCCGUGUUCAAUCCAG